AUGCCUCCACACCCGGCCACGGAGUUGAUCAGAGCCGUCGAGGGCCUUGAGUUGCGCGAAAACCUUCUCGAUCAUGACUACGAAGUGCCAGACGAAGAGUUCGAGAAGCAGAUUUCGGAAAUGAAGGAGACGCGCAACUUCACCCCGGACCAGAAGCUGCGCCUCACCAAGCUGCUUAUCGAGCUUGAAAACGAGAAAGAGAAGCUGAAGUUAGUCCAAGCCGAGACCGCGGCGGCGGACGCGGCUCUCGAUGCGGCGAAGGCGGCUCUCAAGGCUGUAAGUGCGGCAUGUCGGGAAACAGAGGCCCACUACCAUGCCUGUGCGGAAGCACUACGGCAAGCGCAAAGCAGGGCGAAUGAUUCGUCGCAGGUGCACCGUGCUGUGUAG